AUGAUCCCGCGCGAGUUCUUCGUUGUGGAGACCAACUCGGUCUUGUUACCGCAUAACUACCCUCCGAACCAGUACAAGUCGACGCUCAACGCCCAAGGACAAUGGGAGACCGUCGUGUUCCCCGCGUUGACCCCAAACAAUCGCCAGCAAGUGCUGUACCUCCGCCAAACUCUCGACAAGAUGCGCGCUACCAUGCCCCAGUUUGAAGAUAACAGUGAACCUGGAGGCCCUGAGACGGAGACCGACAUCGCUGUGCUGGCAGAGCGGAGACGGCUGAUGGUGGAGUACACUAGCCAGGAGACUCAGAUCUACUCGUACUGCUUCCACGAGCUGGCACGACAGAUCAAAUGCAUCUGCAAAGAGCAGAGCGAGCUGCUCCAUGAGAUCCGUGAACGAUACGACGCCGCAGUCGCUCGGCUGAUCAAACAAAACAAACUGCUGGAACAAAAGGUGGAGGAGCUUGAACAACAGAUGAAAGCUGGUCCGCCCGUGGCUGCAGCGCACGAGGCCGAAGACGAGAUCGAUGAUGAAGAAGCGGAAUGGAGGCGACAGCGAGACGCAUCGUCAGUCAGCAGACCUUCGCUGAACUCCAAGCGCGACUCGACCAAGGAGCUCCAUCUCGCAGCCACGCGACUGCAGGUCGCGUUCCAGAAGUACCAGGCGCGGAAGGAGCAGACUCGUAUCACUCUCCGCGUGGAGAAGCAGGCAGCAGCGAUGGACAUCCAGCGAUCGUAUCGAGGCUUCCGCGAUCGCCAGCUAGCGCUGCACCGUCGCGCCGUCAUGCGGACAAUUCUUCGACGACGUGAAGAAAACGCUGCGGUCGAGUUGAUGCAAGCCAACGUCCGUGCGUACUUGCUUAACCGACGACGCAAGCCCACCGAACAGAGCAAGCCCAACCCCAGACAAGCGCUCAUUAGACUGCUGACGACGUUCCGGGAGCUGGCGACUGACCAAGCAUUGCCUCCUCGCCCGCCCAGUGUCGCGCCUUCGGAAAUAUUCGACGAUGAAGACGUUGAGCUAUUCCAGCAAACGAUGCAAGAAGCGCAAGCCUUGGUAGGCUCACUGCACGUUGUGCUAGGCACCGACGGCACGGACGUGAGCCAGCAGACCGACAUCGACGCCCGCUCCGAUGGAGACACACUCGCCGACUACGAUGACAACUCGAUCAACAUUCCAUUUGGAGAGCGAGACGCGAUGCGACUGCAGAACUACGCGGAGCUGCAUCUCGACGACAGCUUGUGGAGCUCUGCGACGUAUUACCCUGCCUCGAGAGAAGCGAUGGCCGAGACGGAGUCUCUACUAGCCCUAGCACUCUCGUCACGAGAGCAGAGGAAGCGACUGGUCUCACUGAAGCAAUUCAUCUCCGACAUUUACGAUACGAUCGUCGGGAAGCUGAAGGAGCUGCCUCCACGCCGUCUCACAGACAUCAUCGCUUCACGCUGCCACCUCACAUUGUCAUUCGUCGAGUGGAGACAGCAACGGUCCCAGCUCUUCUCCAGAGCUGUCGCUGCAGACCAACCGGGCGAACAGGCGAUGCCAGUCAAGUUCAGUAUCGAGGAGGUGACUCGAGAGCAUUUUCGGUGCAGACUGGGACUGCCGCAGUUGAUUGACGCUGCAGUGGCCAGUCUGCAUGAGAGCAUCAACGACUUCGCGGACAUCGACGCGGAUGUCAAGCGCUUCCAUGAGUUCAUGGCCAGUGAACGCUCAGAGGAAGAGCUCGUCUUCUGCUGCGUGUGUCGCUAUCUGUGUGCGAACCGCCUGUCGAGAGACGACAGCCCCGCAGGCACAGCGUCUUCGUCGUAUCACCGCCAGCCGAUGUUCCACCCCGUGACCAUGCGCGAGGUGAUCGAUGUCCCUCACGCUCUUGAGCUGGCUAAGCUGCUGUUCCGAGUUGAGGACGAGAACUCUAUUAUCGAGAGCGACACGCACUUCACUGAGGUGGAAAACGUCGUGUAUCGACAGUAUCUGCCGACGAACGGCUAUCACCAGUUCGAGGCUAUCUUGUCGACCUACUUCGUGGACCCAGACACUCAAGCAGCGACCGUGUCGUCGAUCAACGAGGCCGAGACUGAAGAGAAUAAUCCCCACUCCUCUGGUAAUUGUCGACGUCCGGCUGGAUCUCCCCGUCGUACCAGUGCAAUGGUGCGUCCGACGAACUUCAACCAGUUCCACUCCAAGCAGUACAACGCGCAAGCUCCGAGGAGUCCGAUCCCGAAAUGGGUCUACUUCGAGGAGGUGUUGGCGCUGCUGAUCAAAUACCGAGGCGAGAUGAACCACUUCCACCUCUUCUCCUACUGGCUGCUGGACGACGGCGCGUUCGUCGCGACCCUCACGCCGCUCUCCCUCGGCCCAACUGAACGGGAGCUCCGGAACAUCUUCCACAACUCGCUGCGUCAACGCAAACUCAACGCGUUCAUGCCUCUGCGCGUGUUCACGUCCGUCGCCUUGCUGCUCUUACGCAAUGGUCUAUUGAGUGUCUCGACCUACGCCCCUAUGCAGAAGCCAGCAACAGCAACACGAGACGGAGGAACUCGACAGCGAUCGCUGUCUAUCCGAGAGGAGAACGAGGACAAGGAGUGGCGCUCACUGGCGCUCAAGUGGCGCACGCAAGAGGCGGCGUUCGAGGCUGCCAUCGAGGCCAUCUACCACGACUCAUCGCCCGCGACUCGAGCUGCUCAUGCAUUGCAGCUUUUGCAGCUCCGACAGGAACUCUACGACCUGUUCGCCAGUCGAUCGGGCAGAGGUCGCGACCUCAAGCGGGCCCACGAAAUCUACGACAUUCUAGUGAACGAGCGUCUCGCCCGCGUAGGUGGCGACACGAGGAUGCUGGACGCUUCGCUCGGUUCAUGGUCCACCAACUCCUUCUCCUACUUCUAA